AUGGACUUAUUUCAAUUUCAAGUAAGUAAUCGUAAAAAUAGACUAAAUAAAUUGGUUAGUUAUAGUGAAAUAUAAAUAUAUUAUAUUAUUAGUUGUUUUUAGACGCAAUUAAAAUCGUAAAAACUUAUAUUUUACUACUCUUUGUAAAAUUUAUUCUCAGGGUAUCGAUUUGUUUGUUUAUUCGAGUACGGGCACUUAACGUAAUAAUAUGAUUAAUUUUAUUUGUUAUUUUAUAGUACACAUGUUUUUAUAAAUUAAUUGACACCUACCUACUACUUUUAGUUAAUUCGUAUAAAUAUAGUUAUGAUUUAAGAAUAAUUUUUUAAAUAUUGGGUAAAUAUCUAGGAAAUUCGUUAUCAGAAUCUUAAAUAAUUAUUGAUACAUUAAUUAUUAUUAACUAAUUCAACGUAUACAAUACAUAUAUGUGUACCUAUUAAAUAAAUACCAAGAAUGUAUAAUCUGCAAUAUUGAGCGUUUAAAAACGGGUGUAUAAUCUUAAUAUCUAGAUAUAAAAGUAAGUAUGAUAUGUAGUGACAUCUCCAGACCUUGGCUUGGUGGGGACGAAAUAGUUAAAUUUAAUAUUAAUAAUUGAUAAGAAAAGAGACUGAAAAACUUCGCAGUGGGAGGAUCACUGUUGUAGAUGAGAAGUUUGGAAAGUAGGAUUUGAAAGAAAUUAAUAUAUAUCUGUACCUAAGCAAAUUUAAGUAUUGCCAACAAAAAGCGUUUCUGAGUGGACCUCGGUUAAUAGUGCUGCUCAGAAACGUCUUCGAAUCAAUUCAAUGGGCGGAGGGCGGCGAACAAUUUUUACUCUUGAAUACCACCGCUUUGAUCAACAAAAACUUAAAACCUUUAUGUCCGAUGUCAUUUCAGCUUAUAUUAGCUUAGAAGACUACGGAUAUAUUGUACAAAUGCAGUAAAACAGUACAAGUUAAAAGUUAAAUUAAUUUUUUUCACAUUAAGUAAAUAAUAAUUAAAAUAAUGAUAAUAUGAAUAAUAAAAAUAAUAAUAAUAAUAAAUAAAAGUUAGAUGAUCAAGCCUAAAAUACUUUUAUUUUAAGCAGCGUUUUGCAAACGGUUUUAUCAACAAUAUUUUCUAUGUUAAUGUUUUCAUUCGACGAAUAUUUAAAAGUGUUAAGCCAAUUAACAUCUGCUCAAAACAAUUUUUUUAACACAAAUUACGACUUUUAAUAAACCUCAUGUUAAAAUCUCAAACAUAUCUGUUUGGUCUAACAAUUUCAUCUACAGAAUACCUACCGAAUACAAAUUACGUACAAAACUCGUAAAAUUGAAAUAUCUAUAAAUUGCUCAAAAAUUUUACAACAUCAAAAAUAGGCAAAUAUAAGUUUUCUAUCGAAAUUUCAUGUUUCUACGGAUAUUUUUAUCUGAAUUACAUCAAAAAACAAAAUUGAACAUAAUAAAAGCAUUAUUUUCGUACAUUUUCCUGUUUUUCUUACGUUUUAUCCUAGGUUUUUUUUAACAUUAUUAAAUCUGCUUUGAAAAUCAAAAAAUGACCUUCCUUAAGUACCAUCUAGUCAAUAUGGCAAUAUUUUUUUUUUCAAAAAAGGUGCUAAAUUUAUAUAUUGAAGCAAGAUUUCUAGUAGAAAUUUUUGUCACAGUAUAAAAAAAAAAAACAAUAUGUAAAUUAUAAUAUUAAUCUUAUUAAGUAAAUAAUCUUAAUUAAGUAAAUAUAAAAUUUAAAUUAAAUUAAUCAUUUCCAAUUUCGGUUCUAAAAAUAUAUUAUUCUAUUAUAUCUUUGCAAAUUGAUUGUUCCAAACUAGUUUUCCAUAAUUCUAUCUCACCCUUGAGAGAAUAUUUAUUGAAAUUUAUAAAUGAGAAGUGUUUCAAAUUUGUUUCAAUCAAAGUAUUUCCAAAAUCCGGAAUCAUCUUUAUGGCAUUUGGAACCAGUUGUAUAUAUACUUAUUUGUAUUAUGGAUAUUUUGUAUAACAAAAAAGAACAUAAUACAGAUUAUAGGGAGGGGGAACGAUCGCCCGCCUCUCAGGGACGCGCGUAAUUAUAUGAAUAAUAAUAUUAAACUGUUUCACACGACUUUUUAAAUUUAAAUUUAAUAAUUGCAAAGUCAUAAUGCAUUAAUUCACGUUAAAUUUGAAUUGGUUCUAGAGGAAUUAAAAUAUAUAAAAUAGUAUUUUGUUUUACUAAAAAUCAAUAUUCAAAAUAUAAUAUGUUUUUGUUUAGAUUGUAUAUGAAUUUAAAACAUCCAUUAGAAUAAUUUGUGUAAGGCAAUAUAUAUAUUGAAAUAUUAUAAUGAAACUAUACAGAUUGCCAAAGUGUGUAAAAACGAUUGUAAACAAUAAAUAUGGUCAUGUUUACUAAUUUUGUAAUAUUAUUAUUAUAUAUUAUUAUAUUAUUGUUAUAAUUUUUAUUGUUAUAAUAAUUGUUAUUAUGGCUUUUAUUAUCAUUAUUAUUAGGUUAUUGUAGUUUUAAUAAUAUGCUACGAACAAUUCAGUGACGCGAACAACGUCAAUGUCCCGAACGAGCGCCAUCCAGCAGACAGAUCAAGGUGAACGUCAUCAUUUAUUACACGUGUAUAAUAAUUGACAGACUGUUACUAAAUCAUAUGAGAGGAAGAACACCUAUUGGUUUCGGCUAGUAAAUUAUCAGGUUUUAGAUAAAUUAAAUAACAAAUCAUAGGCCAGGGUUUGGCAAACUUUUUUAACUGGUAGCCAGCAGAAAAAACUCGAAACAUAGGUACUUGUGGCAGGUUGAUUUAAUUUAUUUAUAUUUGAAUUAGGUAGGUGUACGACUUUUAUACGUUUUUUUCUCAUCUUAUUCUUACGUUAUUUAUCUUUCUUUAUUUUAAUUAAUAAAUUUGGUUCGUGGGUUGCACCAAGAGUGGUCACAAUCCAUAUAAUAUGACCAUGUGACGUGGUUUACCAAUUCUUGGCUAUAACUAUAAUAUUAUAAAACCUCUGCUAAUUUAUAACUAUAACUAUUUGUAACUAUACACGCUAGUUACUUCUUACUUAUUAAAGUAAAAAUAUAACAUGAGAAAAUCAAAUUGUAUGUUUGCUUUAAAAAAAUGUACCUACUGAGAUGAUCAUAAUACUUUAACUUUAUAUAAUAUAAAUAACCAUAUAUUACUUAAUUAAAAUACGUGUUCAUUUCAGGCCAAAAAAAUCAGUUGAUACAGAAAUUUAUGUAGCACUUCCACCAGAUACUACCAAGACCGGCAAACUACAAAACAGUCCUCCAACGUUAAUACGCCUGGAUCCUAAUUCUCCCAAUAGGUUCAAGGGCAAGUUUCCAACGCCAAUCGAACGUUUUAUACAGCGCAUACAAAACUAUUUCUCUGUAUAUAAUCCACCGGAGUAUUUAAAUGACCUGCAGAGACCUGGUAUUAACAAUCCAGAACAUGACGAAGACCAAGUAAACCCCUCAAAUGACACACAGAUUAUACUACCAUGUAACGGUACAAGCACAAUAGUAAUCAUUCCAAUGCCAUUAGAAAAUGAAAAUUUGUCUAGCGACCAAAAUAUAAAUCCAGACAAACUCGAAGUUUACAGCACACCGACCACACUUAAAUCAGAUUGUCCUGAUGAAGUAACUACGACGAAGCCAAAAUGCCCAAAUGAAACUACGCCAAAACCAGUGUCCUACACUAAAGAAACAACAACUAUAAAACCCAACUGUCCAGAAAUGACUACUCCAAAGCCCGACUGUCCAGAAGUAACUACUCCAAAGCCCGACUGUCCAGAAGUAACCACUCCAAAACCCAACUGUCCAGAAGUAACUACCCCAAAACCCAACUGUCCUGAAGUGACUACUCCAAAACCCAACUGUCCAGAAGUGACCACUCCAAAACCCAACUGUCCAGAAGUGACCACUCCAAAACACAAUUGUCCAGAAAUAACCACUCCAAAACCUAAGUGUCCAGAAGUGACCACUCCAAAACCCAAAAGUCCAACAGUAACUACUCCGAAAUCUAAGUAUCCAGAAGUGUCUACUCCAAAACCUGAAUGUCAAGAAGCAACAUUUCAAAAAUCACCAUGUCCCCCCAAACAAAUAUUAAUUUCAAAUGAACAUAAGCCUGUAUCUGACUAUGGACCUAGUGAAGUACCGCCACUAAACCUAGUAGCCCAGCCAAUUCUAGGUUCCACGGUGGUUUAUUUUUACAAAAAUCCUUCAACUUUACCCCCUCCUAAUUCACCUGCUUACUUUGGGGAUGAAUAUCCCCGUAAACCAAAAUCACCUAUAUUACGACUAAAGCAAUUAUUAUUCCCACGAUUGUACGCGGCUUUUCAUCCUGAAGACUAA